CUGACCAAAAAAACUUUACACCCGCGUCGACACAAUAGUAUUCGACCGUUUUUAUGGCUCACCGUAACAAUACACAAACCGACGUCAAACACAAUCAUUCAGUUUCUUUCACAGAUAUGCCUUCGGAAACGGAUAAGAAUUACAUAAGCGUAUUUAAACGCAAAUCACCUUUAACAUUAUCCCCUAAGCGCAAGUACGCUGUGGCAGUCGUUUCCCCCCUGCAAAAACACGACAGCUGUGAAACUGUCAUUGCAGAUGGUCGAUCUGGAUCAACAUCCGCUGCUCAUGCAGUCAGAUUGCAUGAACAUGCAAGGCUGCAAAGAUCAACUUGUUUUAAGCCUUUCUCUUUUGAUGCACGUGAUGCAGCAAGAAAAGUUGAGCGUGAGAGGAAACUGAAAGAAAUGCGCCAGAUACAAGAACAAGUUUGGUGUUCAAGUUUUAGAGCUCGUCCAGUGAGAAGAUACAAACCUCUGAGUAAGCCAUCCGUAUAGUCCGAGAC